CACACACCAGUCGAGUCAGGUGCAUGUGUCGCCAUCGAUAGCCGCGGCACAUCACUACACCACGUAAAUAAUGCCGCACGUCCGAUAUGCAACUAUAAAGUGACCAGUAAGCUAACAACGCGCUUGUACCGGUUAGGUGAAUAUGUUUUUGGUGUUAUAAGUGACUUGUGACAUAUAGUUAUGGCCUGGAUCCAGCAUUUACUCGUUUGGCUCUUCGUUAUGUCAACAUCAGCAUACAAAUGCAAAGACUGCUUCAGUUUCGCAUCACAAUAUCCGUCGUACGAUAGUCAAGUAUACGAACAACCUGACAGACGGAUAGCAGGACGGUCAGCACAAUACGAACAUUUAAGAACAAACGAGAGGUCUCUCCCGGUCUACAGCGAGACCCAGAGGAUACAAGCAGAAGAGAGAAGAAGACACAGUUCGAGACUAGAAGAACCGAGACAACGUGCCGAGAAUGGUUCAUAUAAGAUAUUGAAUAACCCUCCGAAACCCUGUAUUACUAAUAGGAGAACACGCGAAAUUGACUACCCUGAAACUAUUGGUGAGUACAAUGCCGUCAAUAAGUGUCGACCCACGAGAGGUCAAAUUGAUUCGUCGAAUGAUAGGGUAGUGUUCCCCGGUCCGACUUCAGAAAGAUCGUACGUACCCGAAGUUCCAGAGGAAUGCAAGAAAAUCGGCAUAUGCGACAGUAUACCGAAUUACCCAGAAGAACACGUAGCUAAUAUUAUAUCUCGACUUGGAGACAAAGGAAAAGUAUUACAAAUAGACGAACUGGACGUAUCAGACACUCCAGAUAUCGCCCAGAGGUUGGGUCCGCAGGAGGACAACAUGGAACUAUGUAGCUUUAGAGAAAAGAUUUUUUACCCCAAGGCAGCGCCAGACAAAGAUGGAAAUUGGUUCUUCGUUGUGAAUUCAAAAGAAAACCCAGUACAGGGUUAUAAAGUUGAAAUUUGCGACCGUCAGCAAUUACCAUGCGCGGAGUUCGCGAGCUUCCAACAGGGAUAUGAGGCGAGGUGCAUCCAGAAAUACGUUCGCCGGACCAUGUUGGCGUUGGAUCCCAAGGGUCAGAUGACCGACAUGCCCCUUAAAGUGCCCAGCUGUUGCUCAUGCGUGGCCAAAUUGACAAUCAUAUGAACUGUGUUUACGUUUGGACAAUGUUUUUACGGACGAAUUUAUGACUGAUGUGGCAAUGAGUAUUUAUAGAUAGAUGUUUUAUAAGCAUAUAUUAUUGCGGUUACUGAAGUAGUCAAGUACCUACUUAAUCAUCUUUGUAAUUAGAAUAUUACUGUGCUUCCCUGAUUUGGUACUACCGCAGUGAUAAUUGAAUGUGUUUUUUUUUUAAAUCGAACGCUGUCACAUAGUUUAUAGAGACUUCUUGUUAAGUUCAGUAACUUAUUGUAGGUAACAAGUAAUUUCCAUUUUAUUAUAAUCACAAUUAUUUAGUUGUGCCAAAUACCUGACAUAAGUAAUACAUUACAUUUGAACUAACAUUAAAAACUGUAUUUAUUGCCGCCAUAGUUUGAAGGCCAGAAAUAAGUACAUAUUACAAUUCGCAAUUAAUUUAAACUAUUCGACCUUGUCGCACGAACAAAAUCACGUAUGCUAAUCUUAUAGUUUAAAUUAAAGUCCUAGUCUGUUGUUAAGGAAACCGAUAUUUACCAGAUACAGAUAAUUAAUUAAAUAUGUUUCACGUACUUUUUAUUCGUCUGGAUCUUGGCUGUUUGUUUCAAUGGCCUUAGCUACACAGUGGAACCUACCAGCAAUCAAGAGGGUAGCUAACGUAGGGCACAUGUAGUGCAUAAUAGGGCCCCCCUUUGUUAGCUUAAUCUGUUGGACCUCUUUUAUUGCUAAAUUACCAAAAGUGUGAAAUUAAAGACCUUGACUGCCUAGAUUUUAGUGUCAGUCAAGGCCACAUAUUAUCGUGUUACACACACUUGCUUUUUGCACCCGGGCUCUUGGUUACCUAGCUACAUCACACCUAGUAAUUGGCAAACAUCAACUAUUAUAAUAUAACAUAUAUAUAUAUAUAACACCUUUACCGGUGAAAUCAAGCAUAAAAACACUUUUACUGUUAAAUAUAACGUGAAUUAAGUGAGGCUUAUCUCAUAAUUAAGUGUGUACCGUACAAACACACUACUUCGGUUUAAAUUUUUGACUCAAAAUUUCGACACUAGUGAAAGUAUUUUUACCAGCAGAUUAAAAUAUCAUCAGCUGUCAAAAUUCACUAACCAAUCUGAUGGGUCAACAAGCAUUAUUCAUGUGCAAAGAAUUUAAUAUUAUACUUAAUUUUAUUGUAAGCAGCCCUUCCGCAAUAUUAUAAAUAAUAUAAAAAAUAAGAUGGAUUAAUAACGUAAUUUUUUUAAGUAGAUUUAAAAUUAAGAGGCUAUCAAAUAGCGACACCAAAAUUUAAUUAUUUUAUGAUCGGAUUUAAAGGAUCCACUUUGUUGCUCAAUAUUAAAAUGGAAACAUGUAUUUUAUUUAUAGCUACAUUUAAAACUAACGUUCCAACUCAGUCAGAACAUGCUUGCCUGUAAAUAAAUGUAUUUGAUUACAAUAAAUAUUUUAUUACUUGUU